UCGUCCCGGGGCCGCGCCGCGCCUGCCGCCGCCGCCGCAGCCCCGGCCGCCCCAGCCCUCCUCUCCGCCUCAAUCGUUUGCAUCGGGGCCCCAGCCCGGCCGUCGCCCUCGACCUGGUCUCCACUUCCCCACCGCUCCUCCGAUGACACCUUCCUCCGCUCGAAGAUGUCUUCGAAGGGCACACACAGCACCCACCUGAAGCUGGAGAGCGAGCUGGAGCGCUGCCGCGCCGAGGGCCAGUGGGAGCGGGUGCCCUCCCUCGUUUUUCAGCUGCAGAGCAUCCCCAGCACCGGCGGCUGGCGGGCCGGCAGCCGGAGCGUCUGCCUCACCAAGCAGGACGUCGAUGACUUUGGGAAGCUCCUCCUUGCAGAGGCCAUGCUGGAGCAGUGCUUGAAGGAGAAUGUUAGUGACCUAAGAGAUUCCAUCCCUUUGGUGGAGAAGAACCAGCCCAAAAUGUUUGAAGCCAAAAAGUAUCUGACUAGUAUCCUCAACAGAGGGAAAUUGUCGCCGCAGCAUAUGCGAGAGGCCAUGCUGAUCCUGGGAAAGCUGCAUUACGUGGAGGGGUACUACAGGGAUGCAGUCAGCAUGUAUGCCCGGGCUGGCAUUGACAACAUGUCUGUGGAGAACAGGCCUUUGUACCAUAUGCGGCUGGUGACCGAAGCGUUUGUGAUUAAAGGCCUAUCCCUGGAGCGCUUGCCCAACUCCAUUGCCUGCCGAGCCCGACUCAGUGAGAGGGAAGAAGAAGCCAUCUCCUGUUUUGAAAGGGCAUCUUGGAUCGCCCAGGUGUUUCUGCAAGAGCUGGAAAAGACCACAAAUAAUACCCAUCCAAGGAGCCUGAAAAGCAGCCCAGCUCUGCCUGAAUUUGAGCUGACAUACUUCCUGGAAGCAGCCCUGCAGAGCGCCUAUGUGGCCAGGUUACGGAAGGGGGACAUCGUGAAGGGCAUGAGUGAGCUGCGCGAAGUCCUGCGGAUUGUGGAGACUCGAGCCACCCAGAACUUCAAAGUGACGGCUGCGAAGCAGCUGGCGGGAAUACUCCUGCAUUCCCUGAGUGAGGACUGCUACUGGGGGCCCCUGUCACAUCCUCUGCCAGAGUUCAUGGGCAAAGAACAGAAUUCCUUCAUCACCCAGCCUCUCAGGAAGCCCGAUCUCUACGCUGGAGACAAUCUCUACUGCCCAAAAGACAACAUCGAGGAGGCUCUGCUGGUUCUUCUCAUCAGCGAGUCCAUGGCAACCCGGGAAGUGGUUCUGAGCCGUUCACCAGAACAGAAAGAAGACCGAACCAUCAGUCUCCGGGAUGCCUCCACAGUCUACGACCUUCUGAGUAUCACGUUGGGCAGAAGAGGGCAGUAUGUCAUGCUCUCUGAGUGCCUGGAACGAGCCAUCAAGUUUGCCUGUGAAGAAUUCCACCUCUGGUAUCAGCUCGCCCUCUCCAUGGUGGCUUGUGGGAAGUCGGCACACGCCGUGUCAGUGCUAAAGGAAUGCUCGAAGCUUCGUCCUGGUGAUCCCACCGUGCCCCUCUUGGCUGCAAAGGUUUGCAUCGGGUCCCUGCACUGGCUGGAGGAGGCAGAACAGUUUGCCAUGAUGGUCAUCAACCUACAGGACAAAGCCGGGGAGCUCCUCUCUAAAGGUUAUCUGGCACUGGGUCUCACCUACAGCCUCCAGGCAACAGAUGCAACACUGAAAUCCACACAAGAUGAAUUGAACAAGAAAGCCCUGGAGACACUGGAGAGAGCUGAGAGCCUGGCCCCCAAUGACCAUCAGAUCAUUCUCUAUGUCUCUCUGCAGCUGGCCAUUAUCAGACAGAUCUCUGAUGCCAUAGAGCAUCUGCAAGAAGCUCUGGAAGUACGCAGAGAUGAUGUCCACUCCCUACACCUACUGGCUCUCCUCUUUUCAGCCCAGAAGCACUACCAGCAUGCCCUGGACAUCAUCAACAUAGCAGUCACCGAGCACCCAGAAAACUUCAACGUGAUGUUCACCAAGGCAAAGCUAGAACGUGUCUAUAAAGGCCCGGACGAGGCUCUCGUGACCUGCAGAAACAUGCUGCAUGUGCAGUCUUUGCACAGUAUCUCUCUGCCCGGGGGCUCUGAAAAGGAUGGCAGUCUCACUGAGGUGCCAAUGCUGAAGAAGCAAGGUGGAAUGCAUUUGACCCUGCCUGAUAACUAUGAGGAGGAGUCAGGCUCUCACGCUGCUUCCUCCAUCGCAGCAUCCCGACUGGAGGAGGCCAUGUCUGAACUAACAAUGCACAACUCAGCCAUGAAGCAGGGACCCAUGCAGAUGUGGACCACCUUGGAAAGGAUCUGGCUCCAGGCGGCUGAACUUUUCAUGGAACAGCAUCACCUCAAAGAAGCAAACUUCUGCAUCCAAGAGGCAGCAAGCCUCUUCCCCACGUCCUAUUCUGUGCUCUACAUGCGGGGGAGACUGGAAGAGAUGAAAGGCAAUUUGGAGGAGUCAAAACAACUAUAUGAUGAAGCCUUGACCAUCAACCCUCACGGGCAGAAAAUCAUGCACAGCUUGGGUCUCAUGCUCAGCAGACUGGGUCGGCGGGACCUGGCCCAGAAGGUGCUGAGAGAUGCCAUCCAGAUCCAGAGCGCCAGUCAUGAGGCGUGGAAGUCCCUGGGCGAAGUCCUGCAGGCGCAGGGCAAUAAUGAAGCCGCCGUGGAGUGUUUCCUCACCGCCCUUGACCUGGAGGCCAGCAGUCCUGUGGUGCCCUUCACCGUCAUCCCCCGCGUGCUCUGAUUCUACCCAGGCACCAAGGGCUCCCUGCUAACGUAGCUGUACCCAUGAGAGCCCGCGCCCUGGCUGCAGACGGGCAAGGAGAAUAUAGCCUUCAGGAGCAUCACUCUUCCCUGUCUCCCCAUGUCUGCUGGGUGCUGCUCACUGAAAGCUAAGCUGGAAAUAUUUGCAUCCAAAACAAAUUUCUUGCACCUUUGUACUCCAAGGGAAAAGAUUAGUUUUAGCCUAACAUUUGUAGGGGAGAAAGGCCAAAGCCACCAUGUCUGUAUGGUUGGGGGUGAGGGCAAGGGAUGUCUGUAUUCAAAGUGUGUGCUGGGAAUGCAUGUCUGUGUAUUUGGUGGGUGUGUGCUGGGAGUGUGUAUGUAUUCUGUGUGCCUGUACCGAGUGUGUCCAUGUAUCUGUGUACAGAAGUCCUUGAUGCCAUCUUCCCCCUUCCUCACCCUCCCCCAGGAAUCCAUCCCAAACAGUGACGGUACAUUGAUUUCCAACUCAGUAGGAAAAGUGGGGUUUUUUUUAGUUCCAAAGCUUAGCUUUCUUCCCUUUUUAAAAUGGGAGAAGACCAAAGAUAUAUAUCCCAGAAGACCUCUUUGGUUGAAAGGGAAGAUGAUUUUUUUCUAUUUUUCCUGCCUCUGAGAGCCAGGUGGGCAUCUGGCUCCAUCAGACCUUAGGAGAUGCUAGUAUUCUUCAUCGUUGGCCCCUCACUUGCCCCAACCUGCUGCAAUGGGAGUCAGGAGCAGAAAAAGAAGAUAUUAGGAGGAGUGUUCAGACCUUUCAGUCCAUACAGGUUUGUUUAGGUUGGACUAUCUCAGAGGCAGUGAGCAUCAGAAGUAUUCUAUUUUCUAAAUGCUGGGUUUAAGUAAUUUUGUACUGUUUCCCCCCAUGUUUGUUUUGGGGUCCAAGAGGUGUUUACACUCUCUCCUUCUGCCAUGGGUGAGGGCCAAGGUAGAUGAUUUUUUUUCCCUAAUACUUUGUAAUAAAACUGGGCAUCUUUUCCAGGGCCAGAUCCCUGCCUUGUUGCCUCUAAAAUGAGUGCCCCUCAAUGAUUAGAAAAUGGGAAGAGAAUUAGAAAUUGGAGUCCUUUGGGACUUGGAACUACCCAGAUUUCCUUCUUCUGUCCCAUUUGGAUUACAGUAGAUGAGGUGAACAGUGUUUCAUUCUUCCUCCUAUUCCCAAGAGAUGUUCUUGGGUGGAAUCUUCAGCUGCACAAUCAUAUUUUAGAUAUUUGUUAUCCUUAAUAUUUGGUAUCAUAUAGGCACUUAACCCAAAGGCCCUACCAGAAAUACCAUUCAUCCCACCCCCUACUGCUAAGAUGGGAUGUCUUCUUCCUAGGAGCCUGAAUUGUGUCCCUUGCCCCCAAAAUCAGGGUUGUUAGACCUACAGAGAGAGGCUGAGCCCACUGCACAAAUCCCAUAGCAGGGUCAGGCCUUUAUCUAAGCUAAGGAUUAUAUCCCUAGGCAGGUCAGGAAAUAUGGAACACAAGGUUGGGGACCCCCAAGCAGAGGGAGUAGGGGUGUCCUACACAAGGAGCAGGGGAGAACUGGACCUUUUGAGAUGAUACCUUUCCCCUCCCCUCCCUCACCCACCUGUGGUCUGGCUCUAAGCACCAACCUACACCUGGCCCUGUCCCCCAUCCUGGGUCAUUUCUUUGGCUGAAGAUUUUUUCAGGCAACCUAAGCCCUGUCCUGUAGGGCCAGGCAUUUUCCCAUGUAUUCCUGAAUUAACCCAACAGCAUCCCCUGCCCGUGGCCAGUGUUGGUAUUGAUAGAAUCACUGCAGGUGCCUGAAAAGACCUAAGCUGCUCCCCACAAGAAGGGGGGCUCCCUAAACCGUGUCCCCAGAGUUAAGCUUUAUGAGCUUUCUCUCCAGGAGCAGUGCCUUAAUGUACACAGAGGAUUCCCUUGUUUAUCAUAAGCCAGGUAUUUAGGAGACUGGGAGGGGAAGAGUUUUUGGAGGUGAGUGGGGAGACAAUUAUUGGAUGUCUUCCCAGCCAGCUAAGCCAGCCCUGGGGUGAGGACAGCCCAAGACCUGCUGCAAUGCCAGCCAAGCCCUUGCGUCAGGUACUGCUAGCUAACUCCCCAAGAUAGGUUGUCAACAGGCUACCUCUGGCCCAAGGCUCUCCUCACCUUGAACACCACUGUUGAUUAGAGGCCACCCACCCACACACCCCACCAACCUCAGCAGCCAGCAAGACCCAGACUUCGCCUGAGUGAGAAUUUCACUAAAUUCACUUCCUGUAAGCACCAGGAGGGGAGGGAGAGGGAAUUUUUUUUUUUAAUCGGAGGUAUAGCUCCUCUCCUUUGUAAUGGAAACCAUAGGGAGCCUUGAGUUUUUCCAGCCCAGCUGUCCCUUUCCCACCUCCUCUUCCCCCCUCCCCCAAAGCACCAGGAGCAGAAAUGUUAUGGGAUGGGCCUCUCUAGGGGUACGGGUAAUCACUGAGCAAUAAACCCCAUCAGAGGCUCUGCCAUUUCCUGCCCAGGAGAUACUGGGACAGUUUUCAUACCCUGCUCCUGCCCAGAGGUAAGAGGCACAGAGACCUCUCAGGGACUUUCAGGUCGACCUUGGUUAAAAGCUCCCUGGUCCACUUCCCUAUAUACAGACAUGCAUAUGUACAUGUAUACAUAUAUGUGUGUAUAUAUAUAUAUAUAUGAGAUAGAGAUCUAUUUUUGUUCUUGGAAUUCUAUUGUUUAAAAAAAAAAAGGAAAAAAUGUACUACUGAUUUACCUUGGGUUUUCCAAAGAGAUGCUGAUAAUUGUAUGAUGGUAUUAAAUAGAAAAGCACCAAAA